GGCAGCGGUGUGUGAGAUGAUGGUGACAGCAGCUUGUUUGUUUAUGUUCCUGUGAUUUUAUUGGGUUUAUUUUAGCCGCUCGAGCCCGUUAUAGAGCUUCAUUAUGGCUCUGAGUUCAGGGCUUUGGGCUCCGGCGGUACAGCCGGGCUCCGGUUCGGGCUGCGGCACUGUGCUGAUGUCAGUGCGGGUGUCGGUCUCCUCUCUGCGGGCUCUGUUCCCUCCGUCAGCCGGACACGAUGAAGCUGCUCUCCGCCUGCAGCUCAGCAUGGACCCGCACUGCCCGGGAGAGUUCCGCCUCACCCUCAGAGACACCGGCACCAAGGGCCGGAUCCUGACCCUGGCGGAGUUCGACCUGCGCUCGGUGAGGUACGAGAUCAAGUCGCCCCGCUGUCACGAGCUCCGAGUCAUCAAGGCUCCGCACGACACGCUCAGCUUCACCUUCCGCAGCGAGCAGGAGGCGCAGGAGUGGGCCACCGUGGUGAUGUCAUCGCUCAGGGAGGCCCACAGAGGUCAGAGUUCACUCUCAGUUCUGUAUCACGUUGCUGGCAUUGACGUUUACCACACUGAUACUGCAUCACAGUGUCUGAAUACUGCAGAACAAAACACAACCUUGUCGAUAUCAGCUAAAGAGGAGUUGUGUAUUGAGCUGGCUAGAGCCAUAGAGGCUGGAGACACACGGGCUGCGGUGCAGAACGCCACAAUGCUGGCACGCCACCAGAUGGCGCUCACCAUCCAGCCCACGUUAAAGGACUUUGAAGACAACGAGAUCAGCUUGGCUGUGGCAGUUGAAGAUGCCACAUCGUCCUGUUGUGUCUCCGUCAGAGUCCUUCCCCAUGCAACCGUGGGUGCUCUUAAACAGCAGAUGUUUGCGGAGUACGGUUUCCACCCCAGGGUCCAGCGCUGGGUCAUCGGUCAGUGCUUGUGCUCCGAGCAGCGCACGCUGGCGUCGUACGGCGUGUGUCGGGACGGAGACACCGCGUUCCUUUACCUCCUCUCAGCACGCCACGCUCGCCUCAGCCGACUGCAGUGCCAGCAGGACCAGGAGAGCGCACUUCUUACAGCCACACCCACACCCAAACCAGCGCCGCCCCCGGCACCACUCGCUCAUGACUGGAGGGGCUACAGCACUCUACCUCCCAGGCUCCAUCACUCCAAUACAGUGAGCGGUGGUGGAGGAGCUGAAAAACACAGCAUCGGUGACAUCAUGCAUCUGGAGAGGAUAAACCUGGGCAGUCCAAGUCUGAGACCGGCUAACACACAGGUGGGCUGGUCGUGCCCCUCUUGUACAUUCAUAAACAAGUCAGCGAGGCCAGGCUGUGAAAUCUGCAGCACCGAAAGACCCAACCCGCAUGGCACGAGCCAAGCCGAGCAGGCAGCGCUUCUUCUAUAAGAGCGUUUUUUUCUUCUCUCAGUUUUCACACUGUGAACUCGAUCAGGCUGAACGUAGCCGACAUGAACCUGUAAAUUAAUACGUGGAAGAAAUGAGAAGACUGAUCAUUCAGCCUUGCACACACAUUUAGUAAACAGAGGUGAAGUCCGACUCCCGAGCUCCGUAAGAACUACUCCAUAAGAUUUAAGAACCACCUAAAGGUUUAUUUUGCAUGUCAAGUGCCAUCUGUCCCUGGUCAAACCAUUGUUCAUCUGUUUCAAAGACAACUACACCACGUCUUGAUCUUUAAAAAAAAAACCAGCAGCUUUAAACUGAGAUUUUGGGGAGGUGUUCCAGUAGGAACCUUUAAUCUUUGGUUUGUUAGAGUCUUCAGUGAAAGAUUAUUUUUAAGUAAGCUCUUUUCACCUCUCGUAAAUGCAGUUUUACACUCAGCCAGUGGCCGGAAUCCAUUUAGUGCUUCAAGAUAAUCUCGAGUGCAAUGGCUAGGCCACCUGAAAUGGAAAAUGUGGGGUUCGCUACAAGUAAACUCCAUGUUUGAGAUUCAGUUUAUCACUUAUUUACCAUAAAUUACAUUAAAUAAACAGUCUUGGAAAUAGCAGAAAUUAGUUUAAAUGCAACCUAUAAAACUGGAUUUAUUAUUAUUUUUACCUUAACUGUUCAUUGUUGGGGGUGGCAUGGUGUCUCGGUGGGUAGCACUGUUGCCUCACAGCGAGAAGGUCCUGGGUUCGAACCCCAGGCGGAGCGGUCCGGGUCCUUUCUCUGUGGAGUUUGCAUGUUCUCCCCGUGUCUGCGUGGGUUUUUGGGAGCUCCGGUUUCCUCCCACAGUCCAAAAACAUGCAGCCAGGUUAAUUGGAGACACUGAAUUGCCCUAUAGGUGAAUGGGUGUGUGUGUGUGUGUGUGCCCUGCGAUGGUCUGGUGCCCUGUCCAGGGUGUUACUGUGUGCCUUGCGCCCAUUGAAAAGCUGGAAUAGGCUCCAGCACUCCCCCGCGACCCUGAUUGGAUAAGUGGUUAAGAAUGUGAGUGAGUGAUUGAUUGAGGGUUUAUUGUUGGCCAACAUUAUUAAACUAAUUUAUUAGAUGUACCGUGGCACAAUGGCACAGUGGGUAGCACUGUCGCCUCACAGCAAGAAGGGCCUGGGUUCGAUUCCCCGGCCGGACGGCCAGGGUCCUUUCUGUGUGGAGUUAGCAUGUCAACCCAAGGGGGGUCGGCCAAAGCCCUGAUGGAUUGGUGAACUGUCUGGGUUGUGUUCAGUGUGUCCAGGCAAACCGGAUCAGAAAAAAAGUGGUGGUAAAUGAAAUGUAAUGAAAAAAAUUACUAAAUUAUUAAGUAAACAUAAUAAUAAUAAUUAUAAUAAAUAGUAGUAGUAUUGACACUGCAACGUCAUUAGCUAUCCAUGAACCAAAGAUAGCUAAACCCAUGAAGCUGCACCGUUCUGACGCUUAAGUUUUUCUCCACUUCUCAUGUAGCUUCAUAGUCUGAUAAUAAAUAAAUGAAAGAACGAAUUUGUGAUGCCCUGUGAUGAACCACUGCCCCAACAAGGUACUGUGGCAGUGUUCCUGGAAUAAAACCCAGUGUGACGCUGAUCAGUCUGUAGGUCCUGGAUUCUGUAAAGACGCUUUGAGUCAAAGUUCAUUGUAAAAAGUGCUAUACAAACAAAUAAAUAAAUAAAUAAAAUCGA